AUGGCGAUGAUGACGACUGGCCGUGUGCUGCUGGUGUGUGCCCUCUGCGUGCUGUGGUGCGGUGCAGUUUUUGGGCGCGCGAUGGACGAUUACUGCAGUGAGGGUGGUGGGAGCGGUUUAAUGCACACGAGUAAUGGUGGAGAUGACGGCGUGUCUCUAAAGGCGAACUGCGGGUUGUUAUCCACUCGAAUGGCAUUAAUAAAUGCGGUUGAAGCUGCAGAUGAGGGAGGAUUGAGCGGUGAUGCCGGUUCAUCUCAGGAUAAUUCGAAGGAAUCAUUGCAGGAUAAGACAUUGAGCGAUAAUGCGGAGGGCGGUGCAGCGCUUGUCUCAGGAGGAGGUGUUGUCGCAGAUCCACCACCACCACCACCAGCGGCUCCACUGCAGAAGCCCGGAGGAAGAAAUACAGGAGAGGAGGGAAAACAAGAAGAGUUGGAUAAAAAAGGAAAUGAAGCGGAUGAUAAGAGUAGAAGUGAACCUGGUCCCCAAAAACCAAAAACUGAACAAUCCUCUUCAUCAGCAUCUGGCGGUCCUGGCACUCAGAGUGACGUGGAACCCGCUUUGGAGGAUACUUCCGAGAGUAAUGAAUCUCUCGAUGACGCGCUGAAACAAGAAGAUGCAGGCGAAACGGAAGUAACAAAACUAUCAGACGGAGAACCAGAAAAAGGCAAAGGUAAUAUGGCACUCACGGAGACAAAUGACAGUCAAGCGAAACAGAAAGAAAUACAACUACCAACACCACCAACACUACCAACAACACAAGUGGAUGAACAUUCCAGCCCUGGAGAUACCGUGAAUAAGCAACAGCUACAAAAACCCCAAAGUGAAAUGGACCCAAAGAACAAUUCACAAAAAAAGAGCGUUAUUACAAUCACAGCCGAUCAGCACAAUGAACCAUCUGCCGACCAUGCAGGAUCAAGGCCACCAUCACCAACGGCAAACGGUGAUGCCGCCAAUAAUGAAGCCGACAAGAGCACUGAAGACGGCACCCCGAACAAUGAUCCAGCAGCUGAUGGUGCAGAGACACGAGAAGAAAAAAAAAAUGAAAAUAUGAAUGCCAAUCCGAAGGAAACACCAGUUGAAGCCACAGUAAUAAAAAACCCAACAAAGACGACGACAGACAGUGACAGUGACGGCAGCACCGCGGUGUCCCACACCACCUCCCCUCUUUUGCUUCUUCUUGUUGUUGCGUGUGCGGCUGCUGCGGUGGUGGUGGCCGCGUGA